AUGGCUUUCAGAUUAAAUCUCCCUCCCGCCACUCGCGGCCUCCUCGCCAUCGCCAUCGCCCUUACCUUUCUCUACAACAUAGCCCGUUGGCGACUGUCCCAGCCUGAUCCAACCUCGACAACUCCAGUCAAUCCAUACUUGCGCCCAUACGUCCCAUACUUGGCCCUGAUCCCGUCCGUAUGCAUAUGGUAUCCCUGGACCUUUUUGAUUGCCACCUUUGUCGAACAAAAUAUCAUCACUCUGCUUGUCAACGGAGCCAACCUUUUCUUUGGCGGGAAAUACCUUGAAAGAGCCUGGGGUUCACAGGGCUUCAUAUAUGUCAUCCUCGUCUCCUCAAUUAUCCCCAAUUUACUGGUUGCGCCGACCUACAUUCUUUGGGCUGCGGUCACAGGAAACCCGGACCGAGCGCUCACUCCUAUCAAUGGCGGCGUUACGACGCAAGCUGCCUUUCUCGUCGCCUUCAAACAACUCGUCCCGGAACAUACAGUGAGCAUAUACAAAGGCAUGAUCAAGAUGAGGGUCAAACACUUUCCAGCCAUCUUUCUGGUCGUGAACACACUAUCGGGUAUUCUUCUCGGGACCGACACCGCUCUCAUAUUGGCUUGGUACGGCCUGAUCACCUCCUGGACCUAUCUUCGAUUCUUCAAACGGCAGCAAGAUCUGUCUGGAGCCACUACAGAGAGUCGGGGGCUCAAGGGCGACGCAAGCGAGACUUUCGCGUUCGCCACCUUCUUUCCCGAUGUCGUCCAGCCUCCCAUCGCGGCUCUCUGCAACCAGAUCUAUGUCUUGCUAUGCAACAUGAAAAUUCUAAAAUCAUUCUCUGAUGCGGAGAUUGCCAGUGGCAAUGAACAAGCCGCUGCUCGCGGAGAAUCCGGCUUGCCAAGCUUUAACCGACAAGCCCGUGGUGCUCGAGGGAUGAGUAAACGUGAGGAGGCUGAACGGAGACGCGCACUGGCUCUGAAAGCGUUGGAUGAAAGGUUGAAUGCAGCGAGUAGCCGCGCACCUCCUUCAACAGCUACACCUAGUGCGCCAGAUCUACCCAAAGGACAUGAGAUCCUAGGACAGACCGACUAUCGUCCAGACCUAUAG